AUGAAUGGUCACUCUUCUACACCACAACCUAUGGGAACACACGGAAGCUACACUACGCAGCCACCCUACUAUCCCUUCCCUCAACCUUCAACUUGGUACCCCAGCGAACAAGAUAUGAUCGUUAAAACAGACCCAGGUCCAUUUGUUCAAUGGAUUAAAGACUACCCUUUGCCGGAGGGAGGGCUACCAAAAGGCAUUGAAAUGUACGAGCGGAAGGGUGACCCAGACAAUCAUCUCAAACAUUUCAAUGGUAUGGUAAGAAUGCAAAAGUGGAAUGUGCCGGUAGCAUGUCAAAUGUUUGCACUGACCCUAAGGGAUACAACACGUGCAUGGUUGGAAAGCCUACCCAUAGGAAGUGUCACUAGUUUUGAAGACCUUAAAAGGAGAUUCAGAUCUCAUUUCAGCCAACAAGUAAAGUACAAGAAAAUACACUUGGAGGCCCAUAAUAUAAAAAGAAUAGAUAGCGAAAGCAUCCGGCAGUUCAUAACAAGAUACACAGAUGAGACAUCCCUCAUAAGAGGCCUUGGCGAAAACCAACGAGUCUCUAGUUUUAUGCAUGGCCUAAGGUGGAAGCCUCUGGUAGAAUUCCUAUCUAAGGAUCUACCAGAACUGUACACAGAGGUAACCAACAAAUGCCAUAUAUUCAUGACGGGUCAAGAAACUGCAGGGAAUGUCACAGGCCCAAUAGAAGGAAGGCGUUGGGAACAAGAUGACAGGUUUCGUCGCAACAACAAUUUCAGACAAGAAAGGAAUCGAAGCAGCCUGUUCCAUAGGCCACAUGGCACCUCUGCAAACAACCAUAGCACCCUACAACACAUUCCAAGAUCAAAAGACAUUUUGGCCACCGAAAAGCCACAAACAAAGCCACAAGCAGGUUCGAAAGCCAAAGACUUAACAAAGUUCUGUGAGUUUCACAAUGCUCAUGGUCAUGACACCAACGAGUACAUAGUAUUGAAGGGAAGGAUGGAAGAAGCGCUCAAGACUGGGUAG